UCGGCCGGCUGCGGGCGAGGCGGGGGCCAGAGCCGGUGCCGGUACCGGUGGGGCGGCCAUGGCCUGGCCCUGCAUCAGCCGGGUGUGCUGCCUGGCCCGCUUCUGGAGCCAGCUGGACAAAUCCGACCUCUCCGUGCCUCUCACCAUCCACAACUACUCGGACAUCGAGGAGCAGGAGGAGGGGCCGCCCCAGCGCGGCGGGCCACCCCCGCGGGCCAGCGCUCGCCCUCCCGCCCCGGCCCCUCGCCCGCGGGACUCCGGCAAAACGAGCGGCCGCAGGAAGAGCCGGGCGGCGGAGCCUUUCCCGGCGGAGACCCAGUACCGGCGGGACUUCCGAGCCUGGCCCCUCCCGAGGAGGGACGCCUUC